UGAAAGUGAAAGUACAAGCUAACGACAUGGCAGACCACAGUGACGAGGAUAUCACAGACAGGCCAUCUCUUCUAGAGUCAGACUUGACGUGUCCUGUGUGCAAAGACAUUUUUAGGGAACCCGUGUUGCUCUCGUGUAGCCACAGUUUCUGCCAGGAAUGCCUGCAGGGCAGCUGGAAGAACCAGUCGAAACAGCAGUGCCCGCUGUGCAGAAAAUGCUGCGACGGAGAGACACCGAUUCCUAACCGCGCAUUAAAAAACACCUGCGUAACCUAUAAAAAGGAGAGGAACUGGAGAGGGCAAGGUACUGGUGUAGAUGAGGUCAUCUGUGGCUUGCACCAGCGGCCCUUCCAGCUCUUCUGCAUUAAAGACGAGGAACCCGUGUGCGUCGACUGCGUGACUCUUCAUCCAGGACACGAGCUGGUGCCCAUAGAGCAAGGAGUGCCUUUCUGCAAGGAUGAGCUUAACAUGAAAAUCAAAAUACUGGAAAGUAAGCAGGACUCCUUCAAAAGGAUGAAAAAAAGAUAUAAAGACACAAUCUCCUUUAUUGAGAGCCAGACUAAGGAUGCAGAGAAUCAAAUCAAAGAGGAGUUUGAAAGACUCCAUCAGGUCCUACGUGAUGAGGAGACAUCUAGAAUAAAUGCUUUGUAUAGAGAAGAAAAUGAGAAGAAGCAAAUGCUGAAUGAGAAGAUUGAUAUCAUCAGCCACGAUAUCACAGCUCUUGCUGAAUUGAUUCAGUCGGUAAAGAGAGAAAUGGGAGCGGAGGAUUUGACAUUUCUUCAGAAUUUCCAGAGGCUAAAAAGACGAACCCAGUGGACUGGUGAGGAACCAAAGAAGAUUCAAGGAGCUCUCAUCAACAUGGCCUUGCAUGUAGGCGCUUUGGGUUACAAAGUCUGGGAAAAGAUGCUGUCUCAUGUCACAUGUUUGCCUGUAAUCCUGGAUCCCAACACGGUCUCGCCCUGGCUCUCCAUAUCUCCUGAUUUUUCCAGUGUGCAACAGAGUUUGGAAAGACAGACCUUCCCAGACAACCCUGAGAGGUUUGAUCCCUGUGUUUUUGUCCUUGGCUCAGAGGGUUUCUCCUCAGGGCGCCACCGUUGGGAGGUCCGUGUGGCUGACCACCCCAAAUGGAUCUUGGGUGUAUGCAAGGAGUCAGUGGUUCGGAAGAGGAAGUUCACUGUAACAACAACAGCCGGAGUGUGGACCAUCGGUCUGAGUAAAGGAGUCUACAGUGCACUGACCACUCCACGCACUGAGCUGAAUCUAGAGAGAAGGCCUGAAACCAUCAGGGUAAAGGUCAAUAUGGAAAAGGGAGAGGUGUCCUUCUGGGAUACAGGCAACAACAAGCACCUAUGUACAUAUAAUGAUAAGUUCACUGGAAAGCUGUUCCCCAUCUUUGGCCCAGGGCUCCAGAGUACACCCAUCACUAUCUUGCCUGCUAAAGUGACCAUACACAAACAAUAAGUAAAUAUGCUUUGUUUCUUUAACAUCUAAGCCUGAUGAGACUGAAGAGUCUAAAACCUUCACUAAAGUUGCUACUUAGUUUGAACAGAAUUCAAGGAACAUUUCGAUUCAGUAGAAGUUAAUCUCAGUCAACAGCAUUUCAAACAGGACGUCAACCAUGACACUGUAAUGCCAUAAACCCUUAAACAAGUGUAAUUUAAACUGUUACAGAUCAAAAAAGUUUUAAAAGAA